AUGACAAUCAUUUACAUGAAGCUAAAAUAUUGUGGCUAUGCUUAUUCGUUAUUUCAGCAAACAGUAACUCCAAAUAACACAAAACUAUUUUGUCAAUUUCAUGCUCCUCAAACAUCUAGAAUGAAGAAAGAAAUCUUAGAUGAAAUUACAAAACAAGAUUCGUCUAUUAGAGUUGUGUUAUCAACCACAGCACUCGGGAUGGGUGUUAAUGCACCAAAGGUUACUGAAGUUAUCCACAUAACGCCUCCAGCCAAUAUUGAAUCUUACAUGCAAGAAAUUGGUAGAGCUGGAAGACGUGGGCAAAACUCAACUGCAACAUUGUAUUACAAUAAUGCAGAUAUUGCUGUUAAUAAAAAUAAUGUUGACGAUAGCAUGAAGUGCUUCUGCAAAACAGAUCUGUGCUUAAGGAAAUUUAUUCUAAAUUUCUUUGGUUUUAAAAAAUAUGAACAAGAUAAUUGUUGCUCAAAUUGUACAAAGUCUAAUUUGCUGAUAAAAGAAACAACAUUACCUUGCCGUGAUUUAGUAUCAGAAGAUGCUUUUAAAUGCUUACAAACUGAGCUGAAAGAAAUUAUUGAAACUUGGAGACUUUCGCUAUUGACUACCCUUGAUCAAACUUAUGAACUUCCAUCUAUCAAUAAAAAUUUGGUUCAAACACUAUUGAGUAAACUUCCAUUUAUAAGAUCUAAAAAUGAUCUGUUAUUUGAAUAUGAUGUUUGGGAUGAUCAAUAUGCUACCACCAUAUACGAUAAAAUAAAUAAGUAUGCCCCAAAGCAUAAAUAA